UUCUGUUUUCAGGCGGCGCGACAGUCUUGCUGACGUAGAAUGUUGUGGAAAUACAAAUAUAAGAUGUGUCGCGUGGUCUUCCUGUGAUUAUGACACGAAUGUCCGAGGAUAUUCUCGGAUUUCGCUAACUAAUUUUAAACUUAUGCAAAUUCGGACGAGUCAGAAAUGACAGAUGUUUCAGAAGAACCGCUACAAGAACGACAGGAGAACGAAUUUCAAGCCCUUCAAUCAAUUUUUACAGAUGAUUUGAAGGAUCUCAGGCAGAGAAAUGCUUGGAAGAUCUGGAGAUCUCCCGAGAUGUUAAUAACUCUUCGACCUCAACAAAGUAUGACUGCAUGUAAAGAAAUUCAUGUACAAGUUGAUCUGUAUGUAAAGUUUACUAGCAAUUACCCCAAUGAAAUUCCUAAAUUAGAGUUAAGAAAUACAAAAGGACUGUCGACACAACUCAUCACUGGUCUACAGAAACAACUGAAGACUAAGGCACGUGCGUUAAAAGGAGAAGAAAUGAUUUAUGAGUUAUGUCAAGAUGUACAAAAUUUUCUCCAUCAACAUAACAAACCCCAGUUUAAAUCUUUUUAUGAAGAAAUGGUACAUAAUAAAAGAUGUACUGAGGAAAAAGAAGCCCAAGAAAUAAAGAGAAAACAAGAAAUUCAGGAACAAAGAGAACAUAGAGAAAUACAGGAAGAAAUUCAUCGAAAGCAAGAAGCUUUGAAAAAAGAAGCAAGAAAAAGAAAAGAAUCUUAUAGAAAAAGUAAUUCUCAUGAAAAUUCUGAUUCAGAAGAGGAAAGUCAUCAGUCAAAGCCAAUUGAAAAUAAAAUUAAUGGGAAAAUAAAUUUUAAUCAAGAAAGGCAGGAGAAUUUUAAAAAGAUUGAAAAAGAUAAAAACUUUUUUCAAGAUGGCAGUUCAGAUCAGACAAUUCAUCAGCUUGCAAGACACAUCCCAGAAAAUUCUAGAUUACUAAAAGAAUUUGAUAUAUUACAAUGGUUGGGAAGUGGUGGAUUUGGAGAUGUAUUAAAAGUGCAAAAUAAAUUAGAUGGCCGAAUUUAUGCAAUAAAGAAAAUCCUUUUGAAUCCAUCAAAUAAACAGCUGAAUAAAAAAAUAAUGAGAGAAGUAAAAUUAUUAUCAAGUCUCAAUCAUGAAAAUGUUGUCAGGUAUUAUCAUUCAUGGAUUGAAACUACAACAGAGACUUUAACAAAUAGUAUAGAAGAAAGCUCUUCAGAUACUACUAAAUAUGAAUCUACUGCUAGUAUUGAUAGAUUAUUAAAUAGUAAAAUCAAUAAAAUUGAAGAUUUAGUUCCUCCUCUGCCUGAAAGUUCAGUUGAAUGGAGUAGAUCAUAUAAGCAUGAUUCUCUUAUUCAAGAAGACCAGGAUUUAUCUGAUGAUGAUGAUGAUGUCUUUGGAAUAUCAUUUUUACAUUUUGCUUCAGAUUCAUCUGAAAGUAUUCUGUUUGAAGAAAGUGAGAAGAAAUCUACAAAUGAUGAAGGUCAUUGUUUAUCUGUGAAUGAAAGUGAUUCUGAACUGGUAAAAAGUACUGAAAUAACAUAUCAGUUUAUGUAUAUACAGAUGGAAUUUUGUGAGAAGAGUACUUUAAGAACUGCUAUUGAUGAAGAUCUUCAUAAAGAUAUAUCAAGAAUCUGGAGACUUUUUAGAGAAAUAAUUGAAGGGCUUUGUCAUAUUCAUCAACAGGGAAUGAUACAUAGAGAUUUAAAGCCUGUAAAUAUUUUUUUAGACUGCAAUGACCAAGUUAAGAUUGGAGAUUUUGGUCUAGCUACAACUGAUAUUUUAUUAAAGAUAGUACAUUCAAUCAAUGAUAAUCAUGCAUCAGAUGUUAAUGAGUAUUCUCAUUUAGAACUUGAAGAUUAUACAAAAACAGGUCGUGUAGGGACAGCUUUAUAUGUGGCACCUGAAUUAAUUAAUGUUGCUUCAUCAAAAAUAAGUUAUAAUCAGAAAGUUGACAUCUAUAGUCUGGGAAUAAUAUUUUUUGAAAUGUGUUAUCCAAAACUGUCCACUGGAAUGGAACGGGUAAAAAUACUUGCCAAUUUGCGUCUUCCUGGUGUCGUUUUUCCAAACGACAUUGAAGAAUAUCUUUCUGGACAACAGAUUUAUUUAAUCAAAUGGCUUCUUGAACAUGAUGUUACCAGAAGACCAACAUCAUAUCAGUUAUUAGCAUCUGACUAUAUGCCACCUCCACAAAUGGAAGAAACUCGAAUAAAUGAAAUGUUAAGGCAUAUAGUACAUAAUCCUCAAAGUAAAGCAUAUAAACGUAUGAUUAGUACACUUUUUAAACAAGAAACAAGUAUUGCUUCAGAUGUAACAUAUGAUAUGGAUUUACAAAAAAUGUUACCUUUGAGCCAGUCAUCUAUAGCCAUGAGAAAAGUUAUAUCUAUUCUUGAAAAUAUCAUGAAAAGACAUGGUGCAAUAAAUUGGCCAGUUCCUACAUUGAUGCCAAAGUCAACUGUGUAUAAAAAUAAUGAAUCGUGUGUACAUGUCAUGAAUCAUGGAGGCGGAAUAGUUACACUCCCUCAUGAUCUCAGGGUACCAUUUGCUCGUUAUGUUGCAAGAAGAGAAAUUAUAAAUCUCAAACGAUAUACAAUAGGUAAGGUAUUUCGUGAACGUAAAGUGUUUGGAUACCAUCCACGAGAACUAUAUGAAUGCGCAUUUGAUAUUGUUACUGCAAAUCCUGCUGGAUAUUUACCUGAUGCGGAAGUGUUGAAAGUUAUAUAUGAAAUAAUUAAUGAAAUAUCUGUGCUUCAGUCUCGUAAUUAUACUAUACAUAUAAAUCAUGCAUCCCUUCUAAAAGCUAUAUUUAUGCAUUGCGGAAUACCAGAAGAAAAGUAUCAAUCAGUUUAUACAAUUAUUUCUGAUAAUAAGAAAGAAAACUUCAACAGAUUUCAAAUGCAAAGUAAACUUGUUGAUAUUGGAUUGGGAGAACAAUCUGUUAGUUCAUUUUGUCAUUAUAUUGAAUUAAAAGAAUUGCAGUCAAAGGUUGAAAGUAAUUUUAAUUCAAUAUUGAAAAGAAAAAACCAAGCAGCAGCAUUAGCAAAACAAGGAUUACGAGAAUUACAGUCAAUUAUAACAAAUGCUGAACUGUUAGGUGUUAAAAUUCCCAUAUUUAUAACUCCAGGACUUGUAUAUAAUAUUAAUUUAUAUUCUGGAGUCAUAUUUCAAGUUAAAUGUGAAUUAAAAAAAAAUAAUCAAAAAGGAGGAAUGGAUGUGUUAGCUGCUGGUGGUCGAUAUGAUAAAUUAAUAAGUUCCUUCUCAGCAAGCAGUAAUAAAGAAAAUCAAUCUGCUGUUGGAAUUAGCAUUGCUGUUGACAAAAUUAUAUCAGCAAUGAUUGAAAAAGAAGAGAUUUCAAGUGAAAUUGAUGUUUUAGUUUGUUCAAUUGGAACAAAAUCUAUGAUAAAAGAUAAAUCCAUGAUUUUACAAGAAUUGUGGGGAAAUGGUAUUCGAUCACAACUAAUUUAUGAUAUCACACAAAGCUUAGAAGAAAUUACUGAAUUCUGUCAAGAACAAAAAAUUCCUCAUAUUAUAAUUUUAAAAGAGGGUGAAAGUGGAAUUAUUAAAAUACGAACGUUUGAUAAAGAUAAAUUUUCCGAAAAGAAGUUAUCUUUAUAUGAAUUAGUGGAUUAUAUAUCAAAACAUACUGCAAGCAAAUGUAGUGAACAAACUGAGAAUUUUAAAAAUGAAAUUGGAAGAAGUAACAGUUCUGAUAACUUUUCUGGGUCUCAAACUAGAAUUUCAUUUUUACCAAAGGAAAAAAUUACAUUUAAUGUUAAAAAGCGCUUUGAGAUUCAGAUUAUGUCACAGUUAUCAACAAUACUUCAGUGUUUUUCAAGUAGGACUAGUGUUGAAGUUUUAGCUGUGGAACUUUCAAUUGCUAUUAUAAAGACUAUUGUUUCUCAUAUUGAGAUGGAAAAUGAAAAUGCAUUUGACAACAGUGUGGCUGAAAUUAUUGAAAAACACACUAGAGAAAAGAAAUAUUUAAUAAAAAUAUUGGACCAAAUUCGCGAGUUAAAGUUUGAAAAGAAGUGCCAAGUUUUAGCAUUAUACAGUUUGAAUGAUUGUUGUCACAGGAUACUUAUGUAAAGGGACUUAAUCAUCAUGAGC